ACACGGGGGGACUAUAUCCCUCCAUCCCCUUUCUCUUCCUCUCUCUGCCAUCAUACACUACUAGAGGGCACCCCGGUGUUUGUCCAUGCUGGACCGUUUGCCAACAUAGCUCACGGUAACUCCUCCAUCCUUGCCGACAUGCUGGCCCUGAAACUGGUGGGGAGGGACGGCUUCGUUGUGACCGAGGCAGGUUUCGGAGCCGACAUUGGGAUGGAGAAAUUCUUCAACAUUAAGUGCCGCUACAGUGAAACACAUCUAGAGAACACCCGUCUGUUUGGCGUACCAGUUGUCGUGGCUAUCAAUAGAUUUGUGACUGAUUCAGAGAGUGAAUUGGAGCUGGUGCAGAAAUUGAGCAGAGAGGCUGGGGCAUUUGAUGCUGUCAUCUGCAGUCACUGGGCCCACGGAGGUGCAGGUGCUGUAGCUCUAGCUAAGGCCGUCAAAAGGGCCGUCAAGAGCCCGUCAAACUUCACCUUUCUCUAUCCCCUCACCCUGUCAUUGGAGGAGAAAAUUAGGACAAUCGCCCGACAGAUUUACGGUGCCGACGACGUCACGCUAUCUGAGGAGGCACGGAUAAAAAUAGAACGCUAUGAAAAGUACGGGUUCGGCAGUCUCCCCAUUUGUAUGGCAAAGACGCACCUCUCGCUGUCUCACGACCCGCAAUUGAAGGGGCGUCCCUCGGGAUUCGUUGUGCCGAUCCGCGACGCCCGAGCAAGUGUGGGCGCUGGAUUUAUCUACCCUCUAGUGGGAGCUAUGUCGACCAUGCCUGGUUUGCCCACCCGACCGUGUUUCUAUGACAUAGACAUUGACCCAGAGACAGAAGAGAUAACUGGCCUCUUUUAG